AUGAAGAUAUCGUCUGCCAUGCUUAGAAUUGGGAAAUUGUUUUGGUUCCUCUUGCUAAUCCCACGUCUGGACAUCUGGAGCAUCCAUGGGGAAGAGUUAUGUGAUGUACAAGUUCAUGUUAAGAGACAAUCUGUGUACUCCGUCUUAGUGGGAGAUUCCUUUGAACUGAAAUGCCCUGUAAAAUACUGUUCUAACAGACCUAAUGUGACUUGGUGCAAGCUCAAUGGAACACAGUGUUCAGAUCUUGAAGACAGACUUCAGAAACAUACAAGUUGGAGAAAAGAGAAGAAUAUUUCAUUUUUUGUUCUGCAUUUCAAACCAGUGCUUCCUAGUGACAAUGGCUCAUACCGUUGUACUGCAAAAUUGUUGUCUAGACACAUUCCAAGUCACUCAGUAGCCAUUUAUGUGACAGAUGUAACCAGUACCUCAGGACGACCCUCCGAGGACGAGACGGCAAACAGAUCAUGGUUCCUUUAUAGUUUGCUUACUUUGGGGGGAUUGUUUCUACUCGCCAUCUCAUGUUUCUUCCUGUUCUGCUGUCUGAGAAGGCACCAAGGAAAAGAAAAGAAGCUUUGUGAUACAGCAGGGAGGGAAAUUAUCAUGGUUGAUGGUCCCCAGCCCUUUAAGAGUGAACAAACAGAAAUGGACACCAGGCAAAAUUCCCAAACACUGCCAUCAGAAACUGAAAUUUAUGAUAAUUACUCUGAUCCUUGGUUCCGGAUGCAAGGAGGGUCUGAAGUUUAUUCUAACCCAUACCUGGAAGAAAACAAACAAGGCAUUGUUUAUGCUUCCCUGAACCAUUCUGUCAUUGGACCGCACCCAAGACAGGGAAGAAAUGUGACAGAAGCCCCAACAGAAUAUGCAUCCAUAUGUGUGAGGAGUUAA